CUCUCUGCAUCUGCUGGUUGCUCUCCCCUUGUCAACCCAGUGAAAGCUCUGCUGAGGCGCCUUCCUCCGAACAUCUGCAACAACUUUUCAUCUCAAGAAACAUUUUUCCUUUUUUGAAGCCUGCGGGAAACUGAGACGCAACUGUCACCAUGGAGGCCAUCAAGAAGAAGAUGCAGAUGCUGAAGUUGGACAAGGAGAACGCCAUCGACAGGGCAGAACAGGCUGAGUCCGACCAGAAGGCAGCGGAGGAUAAAUGCAAGCUGCUGGAGGACGAGCUGCUCGCUCUGCAGAAGAAGCUGAAGGGAACAGAGGAUGAGCUGGACAAGUACUCGGAGGCCCUGAAGGAUGCUCAGGAGAAACUGGAACUGUCGGAGAAGAAGGCCACAGAUGCGGAGGGCGAUGUGGCAUCCCUUAACCGCAGGAUCCAGCUGGUGGAGGAGGAGCUGGACCGCGCUCAGGAGAGACUGGCCACGGCCCUGCAGAAACUGGAGGAGGCUGAGAAGGCUGCGGAUGAGAGCGAAAGAGGCAUGAAGGUGAUUGAGAACCGAGCCAUGAAAGACGAGGAGAAGAUGGAGAUCCAGGAGAUGCAACUCAAAGAAGCCAAACACAUCGCUGAGGAGGCCGACCGCAAAUACGAGGAGGUUGCCCGUAAACUGGUCAUCCUUGAGGGCGAGCUGGAGAGAGCAGAAGAGAGGGCAGAGAUUGCAGAAACUAAGUGUACUGACCUGGAAGAAGAGCUGAAGAACGUCACCAACAAUCUUAAGUCGCUAGAGGCUCAGUCUGACAAGUACUCUGAGAAGGAAGACAAAUACGAGGAGGAGAUUAAAGUCCUGAACGACCGACUCAAGGAGGCGGAAACUCGUGCAGAAUUCGCAGAGAGGACAGUGGCUAAACUGGAAAAGACCAUAGACGACUUAGAAGAGAACCUAUCAAAAGAAAAAGAGCAGAACGUAGGAAUGCACAAAGUCCUGGACCAAACACUGCAGGAGCUCAAUAGCUUGUAAAAUGCCAAGAAGAACAACAACAAAUAAAAACAAACAAAAAAUUGUUUUGUAAAAGAUAUUUUCUACAUUCCAUCCAUUCUCUGUAAUUUCCCUCUUAUUCCUGGCUGUUAAAACACAUGUACCCCUUUUAUAUAUUUAUGGUUCUUUUCUUUCUUUUCCUUUUUAAAAAAAAAAAAAAAAGGUUUUGGGUCCAAAUGAUCAGUUUUGGUGCUGGAAAUAGUUUUGCAGACUUUUGAGCACAAAUAAAAACUGAUGAAGUGAAUUUUAUGUGUUAUGAUGCAUGUCUGCACAGUUUUGCAUGUGUUUGUGUGUGUCCUUCAGGAAUUUUCAACAUCAUCAUAGACUGUAAAAGCAGGAAGCACACCCUUAAGUUUACAUGUGGUAACAUGCACAGUGUUUUCUGUGUGCUCUGCUAAGACUGUGAAAUCAUCAAACACAAAACUGGAGUCAUGUCUUAUAUCUGCUAUAUAUACCAAAUGC